UACCUCGGGAUGAUGGUGGGGGCAUUCUCUGGGAGACGGCAGACAAAAGUGGGAAGGAAGCAGUCUCUGAUUUGCAUGUCUGUCAACGGAUUCUUUGCCUUCCUUUCUUCAUUUGUCCAAGGUUACGGCUUCUUCAUCUGUCGCUUGCUUUCUGGAUUCGGGAUUGGGGGCGCCAUUCCCACUGUGUUCUCCUACUUUGCUGAAGUCCUGGCCCGGGAGAAACGGGGUGAGCACCUCAGUUGGCUCUGCAUGUUCUGGAUGAUUGGCGGCGUCUAUGCUUCAGCCAUGGCCUGGGCUAUCAUUCCCCACUACGGGUGGAGCUUCAGCAUGGGCUCGGCCUACCAGUUCCACAGCUGGCGUGUCUUCGUCAUUGUCUGUGCCCUCCCGUGUGUGUCCUCUGUGGUGGCCCUCACCUUCAUGCCAGAAAGCCCUCGGUUCUUGCUGGAGGUGGGAAAACAUGAUGAAGCCUGGAUGAUUCUGAAGCUAAUUCAUGAUACCAACAUGAGAGCCCGGGGCCAGCCAGAGAAGGUCUUCACGGUGAAUAAAAUCAAGACUCCCAAACAAAUAGACGAGCUGAUUGAAAUCGAGAGCGACACCGGAACAUGGUACAGGAGGUGUUUUGUCCGGAUCCGCACAGAACUGUAUGGAAUUUGGUUGACUUUUAUGAGAUGCUUCAACUACCCAGUCAGGGAAAACACCAUAAAGCUUACGAUUGUUUGGUUCACCCUGUCCUUCGGGUACUACGGAUUGUCCGUUUGGUUCCCUGAUGUCAUCAAACAUCUCCAAUCCGACGAGUAUGCACUGCUAACUAGGAAUGUGCAAAAGGAUAAAUAUGCAAACUUCAGCAUCAACUUCACCAUGGAGAACCAGAUCCACACGGGAAUGGAGUACGACAACGGCAGAUUCCUUGGAGUCAAGUUCAAAUCGGUAACCUUCAAAGACUCAGUGUUUAAGUCCUGCACCUUUGACGACGUGACCUCAGUCAACACCUACUUCAAGAACUGCACGUUUAUUGAUACCCUUUUUGAUAACACAGAUUUUGAGCCCUAUAAAUUCAUAGACAGUGAAUUUCAAAACUGCUCAUUUCUUCACAACAAGACGGGAUGCCAGAUUACUUUUGACGAUGACUAUAGUGCCUACUGGAUUUACUUUGUCAACUUUCUUGGGACAUUGGCGGUGUUACCAGGAAAUAUCGUGUCUGCUCUCCUGAUGGACAGGAUCGGGCGCUUAACAAUGUUAGGUGGCUCCAUGGUGCUCUCGGGGAUCAGUUGCUUCUUCCUGUGGUUUGGCACCAGCGAAUCUAUGAUGAUAGGCAUGCUGUGCUUGUACAACGGGCUGACCAUCUCAGCGUGGAAUUCUCUCGAUGUUGUCACGGUGGAACUGUACCCCACAGACCGGAGGUAG